AUGGGUCCUGCGAUGCCCCUUGUCGAUCGGAGUCUGGCGAUCUUCCUCGUGUCGAUUAUCAUAAUGUCGAUUUCCGUUAUAGCGGUUUCAUUGAGGAGUUUCGUUCGCCUAAGCAUCGUUCGUGCUUUUGGUUGGGAUGAUGGUUUGAUGGUAGCAGCGCUGGCGCUGUUUAUCAUGUUGAACACCUGUUGCAUUCUUGGAUCAAUGAACGGGGUUGGCCACCCCUACGAAGACUUUACAAGCACUGUUGUCUUCAAGAAAGCACUGGUGUGGUGGUGGCUUGGUCAAAUGAUCUACAUCUGGGCAGGCUCAGUCGCCAAAAUAUCCAUUGCACUUGGCCUCCUUCGCUUGACGAUCAAAAAAUCUCAUCGCCUGAUCCUUUGGGGCCUAAUUGGUACUGUUAUUGCCAUUGGACUCUUGUUCUGGCUCUUUUUACUAUUCAACUGCCAACCAAUUGGCUACUUCUGGCAACAAGUGGAUCCAGGAAGUGAAGGGAGCUGUCUGCCCUUGUCUACUCUGCUGGGCAUUACCUAUUUUUACAGCUCUGUGACUAUAUUGUGUGAUUUGACUCUCGGCAUUUUACCCGCUUUCCUGGUAUGGAACCUGCAAAUGAACCACAGGACAAAGCUGGCCGUGGGAGGAAUUCUCAGUUUGGCUGCGCUCGCAAGUGUGGCAGUAAUCAUCCGAAUCCCCUUUUUACAAUCCUACGCCGAUGCAGACUUCCUAUACUCAACCUUCCAAAUCGCCAUUUGGUCCGUCAUCGAGACUGGCCUCGGAAUCACAGCAGGCAGCCUCAUCACCCUCCGCCCUCUCUUCCGCUGGCUCCUGGACGGAACUAUGGCCUACGGUCGAAAUACCCCCGGCCCAAUCAAGAGCUCACGCAAAUACCAACUGUCCAGUAUAAAGCUGGACAGCUCGAAAGGGGCCCGGGACCCCAGCUACUGGAGGCCUGACCUCGAUCCCGACGAUAACAAAAGUAUCAUUAUUACUAUUUCAUCGCCGCGGAGACAGCAAUUUAACCUCACCAAUAGCAGUGAGGAGGCUUUGUAUCCUGAGCUUGGCUUGACGCUCUCCAGAAACCAUGUUACUAUCCAGAAGACCUUUGAACAGGUCGUUACAGAGCUACCGAAAUAG